AUGGAUCCGUACUACUGUGGCGAGUGGCCUCACUACCGUAAUCACUAUUAUCCGCCGCCGCCGCCACCACACUUCUACAGUACUCCCACGACGCCGCAGGAUUACUGUGGUUCGCCGGGCGCCGCUCAUUUCCCGCCGUUUUCCACCACCGAAAACUACGGUAGUUUGGCGGCGCCACUCGCGCGGCCGUGGCCGAGUUUUUCCACGCCGACGGCCACCACCAAAUCGUCUGAAAAGCCGCAGAAUUGCGCGGAGAAACACGUGCAAUUCGAGUGGAUGAAGAAGAAAGGCGGAAAAAGUUGGUUUGCGAGGAAGAAGAAAAAAAAACUGGAUUUCAGACGCCGAAAAAAAGAAGCAGAACACAUUUUCGAGACUUCAAUCGAUCGAACUGGAAAAGGAAUUCCUCGUCGAGCCGUACUUGAAGAAUCAGCGACGGGCGGAAAUUGCGAAACGGCUGGAAAUCAGCGAGGAACAGGUCGGCCAGUUCUGGGGCGAAUUUCGGGGAAUAGAGGCGGAGCCAGAGUUCGGAAAUCGACUUUUUGUGUGUGUACCAACUUGCACGUGUGAAAUUCGUGUUCGACAACCCAAAAAACACACAAAAAAGUGGCGAGCUCACCCCCAAAUGUGGUUUUUGUGCUCUUCAACACAAAACGCCCAUUUUCAGGUCAAGACGUGGUUCCAAAAUCGGCGUCAAAGGGAGAAAAACUUGGCGAGAAAACGCGCAGAUAUGGCCAGAAGCUCAUCGUCUCCGGAAGAAUAA